AUGAAAGAAUUCUUUCUCUUUUUGUCGUGGAUAUACGUAUCUUUCUCUUCUCCGAUUAAUUUAGAAACAAGAUUGGGGAAAUUAGAGGAAAGUGCCAGGAAACAUGAACGGGAAAACGUAUACUUGAAGGAAACUGUUUCCUUGUUAAAAUUUGAAAAUUCAAGAUUAUCAAAUAGAGUUAAUAGUCUUAUUCUUGAAAAUUCUUAUCGAGGUGCCGAAAAAGACAAGAGGUUGCUUCACCAAGGUUUGGUCAUAGAAGGAAUUGGUUUCUAUGCCUACAUGUCAAGAGACGAGCCCGACCCUCGAGGUCAUCACACUCUGGUUUACGACGUGACACAGACGAAUUUAGGAAAUGGAUACAAUAAAGAUACCGGUGUAUUCAUUGUUCCUCGAGAUGGGCUUUAUUCCUUUACGUGGUCUACACGAGUAGAAUGUCAUCUUGCACACACUACAGAUCUCGUCAUCAAUGCAAAAAUUAUGGGAAGUACUUACGCCUUCUGCGGAUAUAACACCGUUACUGGUCACGUGGUAGCAGCAGUUGCCCAGGGUGACGUCGUCUUCGUGCGCACACACUCCACUUCUCCAGGUCAAGGUGCAAUUAAAAGUAAUGAAUUUGGAAGGUCGGCUUUUUCUGGUUUUUUGAUUGAAUAAAGAAG